GCAUGAAAACAAACAUAACGACAUAUGAUAACAUACAAGGAACAUAAUAUUAACGAAGCACACACAUGACACGUAUAUAUAUAUUCAUAUGCACACAAACACAGAUAGAGAUGAACAGAAACACAUGACAUAACUUUCCAAAUGGAGAUCAAGCAGAAGAAAGUAUGGCUUUCUUUAAUUGUGCUUUAUGCAAUUACGACAUCAGUUUUGGGGGACUUUGGAGAACCAUUACUGAAGGGUUUCUACAAAGAGAGUUGCCCAUUGGCAGAGGAAAUCGUGAAGCAUAACAUCGAAGUUGCUGUUCUCAAAGAUCCUCGUAUGGCGGCUUCUCUUCUUCGUCUUCAGUUCCACGAUUGCUUCGUCUUGGUCAGAAAAUCAUCCCUCUCUACUCUUUUAACUUCCUCAUUUGUGAGGUUUUAUAAUUGUUCUCUCCGAGAUGAUAACUUUAUCAAGUAUUUUUGAGGCUCUAAUUCUAGCAUACUUCUUGAACGUUAUUCGAAAUUUGCGUGUAUGAGAGUGAGACUGUCUUAUUGCGUCUAUGUGAUGUUCAGUUGCGGGAUUUAUUGUGGGUUUAGGGUUGUGAUGCGUCUGUGCUCUUGGACACACAUGGAGAUAUGUUGAGUGAGAAACAAGCAACUCCAAAUCUGAACUCUUUACGUGGAUUUGAAGUAAUCGAUUACAUUAAGUACCUCCUCGAAGAAGCUUGUCCUCUAACUGUCUCAUGUUCCGAUAUCCUUGCCUUGGCCGCUCGUGACUCAGUCUUCCUGAGAGGUGGCCCAUGGUGGGAAGUUUUGCUAGGGAGAAGAGACUCAUUAAAGGCAAGUUUCGCCGGAGCAAACCAAUUCAUUCCAGCACCAAACUCCUCUCUCGACAGCCUCAUCAUCAAUUUCAAGCAACAAGGGCUCAACAUUCAAGAUCUCAUCGCUCUUUCGGGUGCUCAUACAAUAGGUAAAGCGAGAUGCGUGAGCUUCAAGCAACGCAUUGUUCAACCAAACAUGGAACAAACGUUCUACGUCGAUGAGUUCAGAAGACACAGCACGUUCCGUCGAGUCCUAGGGUCACAAUGCAAAGAUUCAAGCCGAGACAACGAACUGUCUCCACUGGAUAUUAAGACACCAGCUUACUUCGAUAACCAUUAUUUCAUCAAUCUGUUAGAAGGGAGAGGGUUGUUGAUUUCGGAUAACGUUCUGGUCUCAGAAGAUCAUGAAGGAGAGAUCUUUCAGAAAGUUUGGGAAUAUGCAGUUAAUCAAGAUCUUUUCUUCAUAGAUUUUGUGGAAUCUAUGUUAAAAAUGGGUAAUAUUAAUGUUCUUACAGGUAUUGAAGGUGAAAUUAGGGAGAAUUGUAGAUUUGUCAAUAUCUGAAAUCAAACAUCAAUCAAUACAAAUUGUUUGCACUU